UCACCACACAAAGCCUCGAUGAAGUCCACACUCAAGAUGAUAUCCAAAUGCUUUAUACAUCGUAGCGGAAGCAAUGGUUCUUCUCCAGAGGCGGCGAAAUUCAUGCUUUUGACCGACUCUAUUUCAAGUGUUGCCCCCCAUACCGACAUUUUCGAGACAGACUUGUUCCAUAGCGAUUUCGAUAUAUGGUUUGCGAAGUCUGUGUUCCAGUAUUACUUUCUAGAGGCUAUCUGGAAAGAGCAUCUAGGAUAUGCUGUAGUUAACCCAAAGGCUGUACUGGAGCAAAUCGAAGCCACCUACUGGAAGGAACCUUCCCAGAUUGCGCAGGGCCAGAGAAAUUCCCAUUAUUCUAACGUUGAGCUAUUCAACAGAAUUAAAGCGGCCCGCACCACCGAUGACGACACGACACUGCAGACUUUUCUUGAGCAAGUGUCAAUGAAAGUUUCAUUGGGUUGCAAAAGGCUGCUCAAGGAGAAUACUGCGGAGCUGGAAGCAGCGGUCAGAUAAGGGUUCCAAUGCGAUUGGAGGCACAGCAAAAUCCGGAAAUACAGGAAGGAGCGAGCACUCCCGUUUAUUGAGUGGGCGCGCGCCGGGGUGGGAUGAUGCACGCACCUACCAUGCUCAUGCCUUUUUGCCAACACACUGCAUGCAUUGCGCGAAAUGGCCAGCAUUUCUUGCAUGUAUCGAAAUCAUUAGAAUUGUUCAUAGAAAGUACACCAGUUGUCAAAUAACGAAAAGCAUGACAGCAACUGUGAGAGCCGUGUAUCUCCACUUGUCUUCCAGCGCAUAUUGCCCUUUCUUGUAUGUAGCUUCGGUGUUCUGGAGCCUUGAAGGAGUUGCUGGGUGCAGCGUGAUAAAGUUGAAUUUCUCCUCACUUGGCCUCAACCAACAGUAUAAGCGCGCGAUUCU